AGAAGAAAGGAUCAAACAGCUUUUUUACACAAUGCAGAGGACACUGGUUAAAGCUUGUAGGAGUUUUCAUUCUGCUCUAGGAGGAUGCACAACCCCUGACCUCUGUCUGGACAGUGCUGAUUGGCCCUGUGUUGAUCACAUACACUCUCCCAAGAGAAACUAAAACCUCUCCAGCAAUAUACACCAAACUGAGCAUGUGCAGAGUGACUCUACAUGAUAUAUCUUAUCAGAAGAUAAGAGGGGGACACUGGAAGAAGGGGAGGAUCAGAGAAGUCAGGAUCAAACAGCAUUUUUACACAAUGCUUACAUUUGCUUACUCAGGCCAGUGAUGAAAAC